AUGACACUGGAGUUGAUGGUGGCCCCUCCCAUAACUACUGUGUUGGAACUGUCCACCGGACUGGACCUCAUCAGCGAUGAAACUAAGCCCCUCUUGCUGUCUGGCCAGUGUCAUAUGCUUGCCCUCCUCUAAGGACCAGGCAAGUCCAUUCCUCCCUCUCUCACCUCUCAGCACCUUUCUGCAGUAGCUUGGAUCACCUGCUGAAGUCCCAGCAUGCCUUUCCCAAGCUCACGGAAGUCAUGGAGAAAAGAAGGCCCAAAUACAUCGAGGAAAUACUGAGGCAAGGACAUGGCUCGGAUCCCAGCACAGAUUCCCCGUCCUCCUGCAGUUAUAGUCUUGGCUGAGCUGAGCCCUUUCCUCACAGUGUUUGGAUUGGAUGUUGGACUAGGUCCCACUGCGUCUUGUGAGGGUGUAGGCUGGACCGAGUCACAGGAGCUGACCUACGUCAGUCCUUUAGUAGCCCAGAGCCUCUUAUGGUGA